AGGAGGAGGGCUGGUCACUGGCGCGGCUCGGCCUCGGGCCGGGCGAGACAAAGGCUCGUAGCGAGGUUGCUAGCGCGCCGCCGGUCGCCUGGUAACCGCCUGCUGCCUCUUUAUCCGGGGGCGUUUCCGCGCCGCGGGCGGGGCGGAGUUGAAGUCUCCGCGGCCGCUAGCCGUGUCCCGGAGCUAGUGCUCGUCUCUGCUCUUGCUCCUAUGCGGGCUGCGGCAGCGGCGCUUCCCGCGGCGUGGCCCCCGGCAAGGGGGCGGCCCCUCCGGGCAUUGGGUCGCUUCCCAGAGAGCGCGUCCCGGCCCCGCCAUGAGUUCGGAGCCUCCCCGCGCCUCGCUGCUCCGCGCCCUGUUUAAGAUGGAGCCGGCGGCAGCCGCCUCUGAAGUACUUGGGGGAGCCUCGGAGUUCAUGAAAGAUCGGCUGUACUUUGCUACUUUGAGGAAUAAACCAAAAAGUACCGCAAAUACCCACUACUUCUGUACCGAUGAGGAACUGGUCUAUGAAAAUUUCUAUGGCGAUUUUGGACCUUUAAAUUUGGCAAUGUUAUACAGAUACUGCUGUAAGCUAAGUAAGAAGUUAAAGUAUUUCAGUCUAUCAAGAAAGAAGAUUGUGUACUAUACCAACUUUGACCAACGAAAACGAGCAAACGCAGCGUUUCUAAUAGGUGCAUAUGCUGUAAUAUACUUGAAGAAAACACCAGAAGAAGCUUACAGAACACUUUUGUCUGGAUCUAAUCCACCUUAUCUUCCAUUUAGGGAUGCUUCAUUUGGGAACUGCACGUACAAUCUUACGAUCUUGGACUGUUUGCAGGGAAUAAAUAAGGCCUUGCAGCAUGGAUUUUUUGACUUUAAGACAUUUGAUGUGGAUGAAUAUGAACACUAUGAGCGAGUGGAAAAUGGUGACUUCAACUGGAUUGUUCCGGGAAAAUUUUUGGCAUUUAGUGGACCACACCCAAAAAGCAAACUUGAAAAUGGUUAUCCUCUUCAUGCACCUGAAGCCUACUUUCCCUAUUUCAAGAAACAUAAUGUCACAUCAAUCAUAAGACUCAACAAAAAAAUUUAUGAGGCCAAACGUUUCACCGAUGCUGGGUUUGAGCAUUAUGACCUGUUCUUCAUAGAUGGAAGCACACCAAGUGACAGCAUAGUUCAGAGGUUCCUCAAUAUCUGUGAGAACGCUGAUGGGGCUAUUGCUGUACAUUGUAAAGCUGGCCUGGGGAGAACAGGAACACUGAUUGCCUGCUACAUAAUGAAACACUACAAGUUCACACAUGCUGAAGCCAUUGCUUGGAUAAGAAUAUGUCGACCAGGCUCUAUUAUAGGACCGCAGCAACACUUCUUGGAAGAGAAGCAAGCGAUGUUAUGGCUGGAGGGAGAUCUCAUCCAAUCAAAGCAGAAACACCAAGUCCUUGAUGGAAACAUUAACAGAGUUCUUUGUGGCUUGAAGGACAUUUCAAUCAGUGACAGCUUGAAUAAAAUACAAGACCUGGAUCAAUAUAGGCAGAAUGAGUUUGAAGACAGUGCACAUGUGGAAGCUCGGGAUGGUAUGACGCAGGGAGAUAAGCUCAAUGCCUUAAAAACGCGGAGACGGACAUGUUCUAGUACAGCUGGAGCUCUGAGGCUGCAAGACACAAAACUGCACACCCGGUCACGAUCACAACCUUUCAGACUCAAUACUUCAGGUAGCACAGAAGGAUCCAUGUCUCCUCUGAAGGCCUCCAAAGUGAUGGCAGUUCAUUCACCAUCUGCAGAAAGAAUAAGCAAAAUUCCGACAUCCUUGGGCUCUAACCUUAAAAGUGUUUCCAUAAACUCCAGACUAGCCAGUUCUCUAGGGAACCUGUACGCUGCUUCAGAUGAUGAUGAGAGCAAACUGACAUCAUUGUCCUCUAGGACAGGUUUUUCUGUAAGCCAUAUCUCCAGCCAUUUGAAUGGCAGCUUGCAGCUGCCUCACAGCAAUAACCAUGAACUGAACAACAACUUGUACAACAGAAACAGCAGUAGUGGCAACAGCCUGAGCAGCCAAACCAGUUUUCCCAGCGCCGUGACAGAUGAGUACGCAUCAACCUUGCUUUAUGGGCCUUACGACUCCUCCAGCACGAUCCCAGAGUCAGUGAAUUCCUUCCCUUCAAUCUGAGUAUGUUCAGUACUAAAGCCUUGCUGCUUUGGUGAAACCUGCUGAGCUCUUAAAAUCCAAGUCCUUCAUGAAGAACUUCAGGAAGGAAACUGCUUGCUCAGAGGAGGAAUCUUCAAUACCCAGGACGUAUUAAACCCUUAACGAAGUAGGAGACUUCUUAACAGGCAGAAAUUUCUUGUUACUGACUACUGCAGCUGCACUGAUGUUAAAUUUAUGGAAGUUCUUACCCCGUGUUAUAUGCAGAUUUAAAUUUUUAAUGUUGAGACAGCUUGAAUAUAUUUCUAAUGAGUUUCAUUAAGACAUUUAUUAACUUGUGUACAGUGUUAAAAUAUGUAUUUAGAGAAUAUUUUGGUAAGCAAUAUAUAUAAAAAUGAUGUAAAAAUUAGAAUAUAUUUUAAUUUAGUGUCCACUUUGCUACAAAAAUGUGUAUU